AUGUCUGAAGGUAAGCUAUCAAGAACUUCUUCUCUCAAAGAAAGACUGUCCACCACGUCUUUAAAAAAUCUAUUCAAGCCUGAUAAGAGAAAGCAUGAAGAACAGGAGGAAGAAAAUGACGAAGAGAUUGCUAAGAAGGAACUAACGAAGCGUCGUCGUCUCAAUGAUAGUGAAGAACUGGAAAAACGGUUAGAUCUUGAAUUACCAGAACCAAUUAGAAAAUAUAGGCCAAAAGGUUACCACUUAAAUCUUCCCCCAGAAGGUAGACCUGUCAGAAUAUAUGCAGAUGGUGUCUUUGAUUUGUUCCACUUGGGUCACAUGAAACAAUUGGAACAAUGCAAGAAAUCUUUUGAUAAUGUUACUUUGAUUUGUGGUAUUCCAAGUGAUAAAAUCACCCAUAAAUUGAAAGGUUUAACUGUGUUAAAUGAUAAACAACGUUGUGAAACAUUGAUGCAUUGUAAAUGGGUGGAUGAAGUCAUCCCGAAUGCCCCAUGGUGUGUUACUCCAGAUUUUUUGAAAAAACACAAGAUCGAUUAUGUGGCUCAUGAUGAUAUACCUUAUGUCAGUGAAGAUAGUGAUGAUAUUUAUAAACCAAUAAAGGAAAUGGGGAUGUUUUUAACCACUCAGAGAACAAAUGGGGUUUCUACAAGUGAUAUUAUUACAAAAAUUAUUAGAGAUUAUGAUAAAUAUUUAAUGAGAAAUUUUGCAAGAGGUGCAACAAGACAAGAAUUAAACGUUUCUUGGCUGAAAAAAAAUGAAUUAGAAUUCAAAAAACAUAUUCAAGAAUUUAGAUCAUUCUUUAAGAAGAAUAAUGUUAGACAAAUUAAUAACUCAAAAGAUCUUUAUUUUGAAGUUAGAGAAAUUUUAUUAAGGAAAACGUUAGGUCAAAAAUUGUAUUUGAAACUAAUUGGUCAAAGAAAGAAAAAUCAUAGUAACAGUAUAUCCUCUUCAUCUUCAGAUGAAAGUAGUUCUAAUGAUGAUAAUGAAAUUGGUAAUGUAUUGAGGAAGACCGAAAAAUUAAUUAAAGAAGAAUCACCUGCCACUGAAUUUGCAAGAAGAUUUACUGGUGAACAAAAUAUCGAUAGUGAAAGUGACGAAAGCGAUGAAUCAUUUGUCUUCAAUGAAUCAAGUGAGAGUGAACAUUCAAGUGAUGACGUUAAUGACGAAGAACAUGAUAAUGACGAUGAAUCUGAAUCUAAUAAACAUUAA